GCCCUAGUUCUUUCUAGAGCUUUCAGCUAGCACCAGAGGAGUUAAAAAGGCAUGCGCGCUUAGGUCUCGCAGCAUUUCGACAGAGAGCGCGAUGGAGAGAUCGGUGAUUCUACUGUUCGCGUUGCUCAUCGCAGGAGCUGCUGUGGUCGCGAAAGAAGAAGCAGCGAAGCUAGGGACUGUGAUUGGCAUUGAUCUUGGCACCACUUACUCGUGUGUGGGCGUCUACAAGAAUGGCCAUGUCGAAAUCAUCGCCAACGAUCAGGGCAACCGUAUCACUCCUUCCUGGGUGGCUUUCACCGAGACAGAGCGUCUCAUUGGAGAAGCAGCGAAGAAUCAAGCCGCUGUUAAUCCCGAGAGGACGAUCUUCGAUGUCAAGCGGCUAAUUGGAAGGAAGUUUGAAGACAAAGAGGUUCAAAAAGAUAUGAAGCUCUUUCCAUUUAAGAUCGUCAACAAGGAUGGAAAACCGUACAUCCAAGUCAAGGUGAAGGAUGGCGAGACUAAGGUCUUCAGUCCAGAGGAGAUAAGCGCUAUGAUUUUGACGAGAAUGAAGGAGACGGCCGAGUCAUACUUGGGCAAGAAGAUCAAGGACGCCGUUGUCACAGUUCCAGCGUACUUCAAUGACGCACAGAGGCAGGCAACGAAGGAUGCCGGUGCCAUCGCCGGACUGAAUGUGGCUCGUAUUAUCAACGAGCCCACUGCGGCAGCAAUCGCCUAUGGACUGGACAAGAAGGGUGGUGAGAAGAACAUCCUUGUGUUUGAUCUCGGUGGUGGUACUUUCGAUGUCAGUAUCUUGACGAUCGACAACGGAGUGUUUGAAGUGUUGUCUACCAACGGAGACACCCAUCUUGGAGGUGAGGACUUCGAUCAGAGAGUGAUGGACUACUUCAUCAAGCUCAUCAAGAAGAAGCACAACAAGGAUAUCAGCAAGGACAACCGGGCUCUUGGCAAGCUUCGUAGGGAAGUUGAGCGUGCCAAGAGAGCUCUCAGCAACCAGCACCAAGUCCGGGUGGAAAUCGAGUCCCUCUUCGACGGUGUCGACUUCUCGGAGCCUCUGACCAGAGCUAGAUUCGAGGAGCUGAAUGCCGAUCUUUUCAAGAAGACGAUGGGGCCAGUCAAGAAGGCUAUGGACGACGCCAACUUACAGAAGAGUGAGAUCCACGAAAUUGUUCUUGUUGGCGGGAGCACACGAAUUCCAAAGGUGCAGCAGCUCUUGAAGGACUUUUUUGACGGGAAGGAGCCGAACAAGGGUGUGAACCCCGACGAGGCUGUGGCUUUUGGUGCUGCUGUCCAGGGCGGUAUCUUGAGCGGUGAAGGCGGCGACGAUGUUAAAGGCAUUCUUCUCUUGGACGUUGCGCCCCUUACUCUGGGUAUCGAGACCGUUGGUGGAGUGAUGACCAAGCUGAUCCCCAGGAACACGGUCAUUCCGACCAAGAAGUCUCAGGUCUUCACCACGUACCAGGACCAGCAGUCAGCCGUGUCCAUUCACGUGUACGAAGGCGAGAGGAGUAUGACGAAGGACAACCGCGAGCUCGGGAAGUUCGACCUCGCUGGCAUUCCUCCGGCUCCACGUGGCGUCCCUCAAAUCGAAGUUACCUUUGAGAUCGAUGCCAAUGGUAUCCUCAACGUCAGAGCCGAGGACAAGGGCACCGGCAAGUCCGAGAAGAUCACCAUCACCAAUGACAAGGGGCGAUUGACCCAGGAGGAGAUCGACCGGAUGGUUCGCGAGGCGGACGAGAUGGCCGAGGAGGACAAGAAGCAAAAGGAGAGGGUGGACUCGAGGAACGGCCUGGAGACGUACCUCUACAACAUGAGGAACACGAUCAACGACAAGGACAAGCUGGCGGACAAGAUCGAGAAGGAGGACAAGGAGAAGAUCGAGGAGACGCUCAAGGAGGCGCUCGAGUGGCUCGACGAUAACAACACCGCCGAGAAGGAGGACUUCGAUGACAAGCUCAAGGAGGUGGAGGCGGUGUGUAACCCGAUCAUCACGCAGAUCUACCAAAAGACCGGCGGCGCCGCGGGAUCGCCAUCGUCCGAAGACGACGACUCUGACGAUGAUCACUCGGAGUUGUGAGUUCUUCCAGUUUUUUUUUCUCUCCUCUCGCUCUCUCUCUCUCUCUCUCUCUCUCUCUCUCUUGGAUCUCUUCUUCUCUUUCCUCUCGGGCGGCCUUUUGCAGUAACAUCUCGUGUAAAUGUAUAAAACAAUAGAGCCAAAAGAUUAGUUUGAUAACAAGGAGGGAUUUUUUGUGCUCUUUCAUCAAUGUCAAUGGAGAAAAAAGGAAAGCUCUUGGCUUGA